CCCAUCAGCAACGCAGAUUUUAUUGUUCCAGUGGAGAUCGAUGGUACCGUUCAUCAGGUGUAUGUGCUGAAACGACCCCAUGUGGACGAGUUUCUUCAAAAGAUGGGGGAGCUUUUUGAAUGUGUGCUCUUUACAGCCAGCCUUGCCAAGUAUGCAGACCCUGUGGCAGACCUGCUGGACCAGUGGGGCGUGUUUCGAGCGCGGCUUUUUAGAGAAUCCUGCGUUUUUCACAGAGGGAACUACGUCAAAGACCUCAGCCGGCUGGGACGAGAGCUCAGCAACGUCAUCAUUGUUGACAAUUCACCCGCCUCUUACAUUUUCCACCCUGAAAAUGCUGUCCCUGUCCAAUCCUGGUUUGACGACAUGAAUGACACAGAGCUCCUGGACCUGCUGCCUUUCUUUGAGGGACUCAGCAAAGAAGAGGAGGUUUACGGAGUCCUGCAGAAUCUGAGAGGCAGGUAGCAGGACACACCACAGCACCCUCCUCUCUCUGUCCGUCUCUGCUCCUUCCUACAAACACGUCUCUCAGACUCAGGCAGAUCCUCCCACACGCGCCCCUCUUGUCUCUGCCCCAAGGGGACGCCUUGGAGUCUCACUGUGGAAACCUUCAUGUUUAACCCCGUCUCCGCUCUCAUGUCCUGGUGACCGGCUGCCUUCUGAGUGCCAUCAGAAAACAAAAAAACAAAAAACAAAAAAACAAACACUACAUAUCCCAGGAGCACUGUGUUUCACAAAAAAACACACACACCAGAAAGCGUACAGAGCGUCCUGAGCUGAUAAUACCGGGGACAAAAUGCCAAGAGGAAUGAACUCUGGUCUUUAUUUUCAAACCAACAAAGUUUUACUAUUCGGUGAAGUGCUUAUUUUAAAACCAAAAAAAAAAGUUUUGUCUGAAAUUUCUUUUGUGGGUACCACACAAAAGUCUGAAAAGAUUUUGUCCUCGUAUUGUUGCUAUGCAGGCAGUUUCUGGUGGUAGAAAGGACUGUGAUUCUCUUUUCUUACUGAAUGAAGUGCCUUGUGUGAAUGUUGUUUAUAUGGGAAGAUAUUUUGUACAUGGCAUAUUUCCGGAGUACUUCAGUCUUUUCACACACAAUAUGCUUUAAAGUGGACACGGAAGUAUCUUGAUAUAAAAGUUUUACUUUUUUGAGUAUCAAACGCUGGGUAAAUGUCUCCAUAAUAUUCUCUUUUUUUUCUCUCCCAGUAUGCUUGUGCCAUUAUUUAGAUGUGAUUUGUUUCUUUCUGCUUUCAUUAUACGUAGAAAUAUUUGUUUUAGGCAAAGGAGUACGUUUGCAAUUGUGAACUUUUACGCCCAACCUGCAAGUACAGUAGUUCUUUAAUAGUUUGAUCUGAAAGCUCAGAUGAAUUGUGCCAUUUAUUUUCUGUCUCUCCCCCUUUUAUCUCAU